AAACCAAAUUACUAGUACUAUAUACUAUAAUAUCCACAAAUAUAUUAUAUACAUAUAUAAUAUAACAUCAUGCCCCCACAAGUUGUAAUUUUUAAACACAUUUUUUUCAAAAUUUCAACAACAUAUAUCAUCUUCUUUUCUAUACAUCGAUCUAAUAAUCACUUUAGCAACAAUACAAGAAACUAUCAAACAAAUACAAUCUUUCCCCUUAUAAUUAUCUAAUAUAUGGACAUAUUCCACAAAGCCAAGGUUGUAACACUCAAGAGCCAUAUAGAUAAGUACUUAGUAGCCGACGAUGAUCAAGAAACCGCCUGUCAAAGCCGGCACAACGACUCGUCGAGUCGAAAAUCGUGGUGGCUAGUUGAGCUUGUUAGCGGAACUAGCCACCUUAUUCGACUCAAGAGUUGUUAUAGUGGCAAAUACCUCAUGGCUUCUGAAGAACCAUUUUUACUUGGCAUGACAGGUAAUAAAGUGAUUCAAAACUAUAGUAAUAAUGAUUUGAGAAUCGAAUGGGAACCAAUAAGAGACGGAUUUCAAGUAAAGUUAAAGGCUUUUGGUGGGACCUUUUUACGGGCGAAUGGAGGUAUGCCACCGUGGACGAAUUCGGUUACACAUGAUAGUCCGUACACCGGUUCCACACAUAAUUGGAUUUUGUGGAACGUGGAAAUAGUCGAUGUAUCGGGAAACGAAAUAUCGAGGAUAGGUUAUUCAUCAGUAUCGAGCGUUUUAUCGAUUUCCGAUGAAGUUUUCGGCUUGGAAAUGAGAUCUCGGGCUAUGUCGAUACGUUCAAGUUUUUCAUCUUCACCUAAAAUAUCUAUGGUAUGUUUUUUAAUCACGUCAACUUAUUAUUUUUUCUGUCUCAAUAUAUUUAAGAAUACGAAAAUUAGAGUUGUCAAUAUGGGUUAGCCCACCCCAUCCGGGCUAAUCUAUGUUUUGACAUUUUACAGGUCAGGUCGGGCUAGCCUAUUUUUUGUGUGGGGCCAGAAAACAAUCGGUCCAACCCACAUGUACGUGGGCUAUAGGCUGGUCCUGACCAAUCCACUUUUUUAAAAAUUAUAUUUUUUUUAAUAGUAAAAAUAUUAUCAUAAAUAUCGACAAAACAAUAU